CAGGCUUUUAAGGUCUGGCGGCGGGGAAAUGCCGGCCCCCCACCCCCUUCUUCGGUCUCCCCUUUCAGUUCAGAUGUGCUGAUGUGCAGACCGGAUUCAUCUUCCCGGAGCGGCGGCAGCGGGCGCAGGCGGCGGCGGCUCGCGCUCCGCCGCGGGGUCCGGGCAGAGGCGGGGGCGCGGCGCAGGAGCCCGAGCUCCGGGGCGCGCUGAGCCCGCGGGACGCCGCUCCCCGAGCCGGAGGGCCCAGGCGGGCGGGCGGGCAGCGGGCGACGCUCCCCGGGAGCCCCGGGGUCCGGAGCGCCUUACCUGCCCCCCACGGGCCCCGCGCCAACUUCGCGCCGUCCCGACGGCACCCGCAUGUUCCCGGACACCUGAGCCCCGGGAAGCCGCCGAGGAGCCCCGCGCCUCGCACGCGCGGCCGCCGAGCUUCCCGCGCCCGCCCCACACACCCCCCGCCCCCCAGUGCCUCCCGGGGAGGAGGAUGGGGCCGGAGGCGCUCGCCCCGAGGAUGCUCGUGUGGCUGGUGGCCUCGGGGAUCGUUUUGUGCGGAGAGCCGCGGGGCUGCGCGGGCCUCGACUACGAAUUCACUUCGGAUGGCAACGGGGACGAGAAGGCGGACACGAUCGAUUACAAGGACCCGUGCAAAGCCGCUGUCUUUUGGGGUGAUAUUGCCUUAGAUGAUGAAGACUUAAAUAUAUUUCAAAUUGAUAGAACUAUUGACCUUACACAGAACCCAUUUGGAAAACUUGGACAUACCACAGGUGGAUUUGGAGACCAGGCUAUGUCAAAGAGACGAGGGGCGCUCUACCAACUCAUUGACAGGAUAAGAAGACUUGGCUCUGGCUCAGAGCAAAACAGCACAGUUAAGGGAAAAGCACCUCUGAAAUUCUCAGGGCAAAAUGAGAAAAACCGUGUUCCCAGAGCUGCUACAUCAAGGACUGAACGAAUUUGGCCUGGAGGUGUUAUUCCUUAUGUUAUCGGAGGCAACUUCACUGGCAGCCAGCGGGCCAUGUUCAAGCAGGCCAUGAGACACUGGGAGAAGCACACUUGUGUGACUUUCAUUGAAAGAAGUGAUGAGGAGAGUUACAUUGUAUUCACAUACAGGCCUUGUGGAUGCUGCUCCUACGUAGGUCGACGAGGAAAUGGCCCCCAGGCGAUCUCCAUUGGCAAGAACUGUGACAAAUUUGGAAUUGUUGUUCAUGAGUUGGGCCAUGUGAUAGGCUUUUGGCAUGAACACACACGGCCCGAUCGAGAUAAUCAUGUAACCAUCAUAAGAGAAAACAUCCAGCCAGGCCAAGAGUACAAUUUCCUGAAGAUGGAGCCCGGAGAAGUGAACUCCCUUGGGGAGAGAUAUGAUUUUGACAGCAUCAUGCACUAUGCCAGGAACACCUUCUCAAGGGGGAUGUUUCUGGAUACAAUUCUACCCUCUCGUGAUGAUAAUGGCAUUCGCCCAGCAAUCGGACAGCGAACUCGUUUAAGCAAAGGAGAUAUUGCACAGGCAAGAAAGCUGUAUAGAUGUCCAGCAUGUGGAGAAACACUGCAAGAAUCCAAUGGCAACCUUUCCUCUCCAGGAUUCCCCAACGGCUACCCUUCUUAUACACACUGCAUCUGGAGAGUUUCUGUGACCCCAGGGGAGAAGAUAACAUUAAAUUUUACUACUAUGGACCUGUACAAAAGUAGCUUGUGCUGGUAUGACUAUAUCGAAGUAAGAGAUGGAUACUGGAGGAAGUCCCCUCUCCUUGGUAGGUUCUGUGGGGACAAAGUGCCUGAAGUUCUUACCUCGACAGACAGCAGAAUGUGGAUUGAAUUUCGAAGCAGCAGUAAUUGGGUAGGAAAAGGCUUCGCAGCUGUCUAUGAAGCCAUCUGUGGAGGUGAGAUACGCAAGAAUGAAGGACAGAUCCAGUCUCCUAAUUAUCCCGAUGACUACAGGCCGAUGAAGGAAUGUGUGUGGCGGAUCACAGUGUCAGAAGACUACUACGUGGGACUGACCUUCCAGGCCUUUGAGAUUGAAAGACAUGACAACUGUGCCUAUGACUACCUAGAAGUUCGAGAUGGAACCAGUGAAAAUAGUCCUUUGAUUGGGCGUUUCUGUGGUUAUGAUAAACCUGAAGAUAUAAGAUCUACCUCCAAUACCUUGUGGAUGAAGUUUGUUUCUGAUGGAACUGUGAAUAAGGCAGGGUUUGCUGCCAAUUUCUUCAAAGAGGAAGACGAAUGUGCUAAACCUGACCGUGGAGGCUGUGAGCAGCGAUGUCUGAACACACUUGGCAGUUACCUGUGCACCUGUGAGCCGGGCUAUGAGCUGGGACCUGAUAAAAGGACCUGUGAAGCUGCCUGUGGCGGACUUCUUACCAAACUAAAUGGUACCAUCACAACUCCAGGCUGGCCCAAGGAGUACCCUCCUAAUAAAAACUGUGUGUGGCAAGUGGUUGCACCAAGCCAGUAUAGAAUUUCUAUGAAAUUUGAGUUUUUUGAAUUGGAGGGCAAUGAAGUUUGCAAAUAUGAUUAUGUGGAGAUUUGGAGUGGUCUCUCCUCGGAAUCUAAGCUGCAUGGCAAAUUUUGUGGAGCAGAAGUGCCUGAGGUGAUAACGUCCCAGUUCAACAAUAUGAGAAUUGAAUUCAAAUCUGACAACACUGUGUCCAAAAAAGGCUUCAAAGCACAUUUCUUCUCAGAUAAAGAUGAAUGCUCCAAGGAUAACGGUGGGUGUCAACAUGAGUGCGUCAACACGAUGGGAAGCUACGUGUGUCAGUGCCGUAAUGGAUUCGUGCUGCACGAAAAUAAACACGACUGCAAGGAAGCUGAGUGUGAACAGAAAAUACACAGUCCAAGUGGCUUCAUUACCAGUCCCAACUGGCCAGACAAGUACCCAAGCAGGAAGGAAUGCACAUGGGAGCUCAGUGCCACCCCCGGCCACCGCAUCAAAUUAGCCUUUAGUGAGUUUGAGAUUGAGCAGCAUCAAGAGUGUGCCUAUGACCACUUGGAAGUAUUUGAUGGAGAAACAGAAAAAUCCCCGAUUCUUGGACGGCUAUGUGGCAACAAGAUACCAGAGCCCCUUGUGGCCACCGGAAAUAAAAUGUUUGUUCGGUUUGUUUCUGAUGCAUCUGUUCAAAGAAAAGGCUUCCAGGCCACACAUUCUACAGAGUGUGGCGGCCGACUGAAAGCAGAACCCAAACCCAGAGACCUGUACUCGCAUGCUCAAUUUGGUGACAACAACUACCCAGGACAGGCUGACUGUGAAUGGCUGCUAGUAUCUGAGCGGGGCUCUAGGCUUGAGUUAUCCUUCCAGACUUUUGAAAUGGAAGAAGAAGCUGACUGUGGCUAUGACUAUGUUGAACUCUUUGAUGGCCUCGAUUCAACAGCUGUCGGGCUCGGUCGAUUCUGUGGAUCAGGGCCACCAGAAGAGAUCUAUUCAGUCGGGAACACGGUUUUGAUUCAUUUUCACACUGAUGACACAAUCAAUAAGAAAGGAUUUCACCUAAGGUACAAAAGCAUCAGAGAUCCAGAUUCUAUGCAUACCAAAAAAUAACACCAAAACUUCCAUCAGAACGUACAAGAAUGUGCAUAAUGGAGAGUUGUAUUUUUUUUAAACUGAAGAUAUUCACACAAAUGUUUUCUAUAACAAGCUUGAACAGUAUAAAAAUGUAAGACCAGAACUUUCUGAAUCAAGAGCCGUUUUCAGCUAAUCCUGAUCUGCAUUACUGGGAUGUUUAAAAAGCAUGUUGGAUGGUCUGGAUGAAGCUGGAGAAAGGGUAUCAGAUGCUACAAGAAGGCCCCAGAUGCUUUGAGUACUUACUCAACAAAGAUCCCUUAUAAUGUGGACCAUUCAGGAUCUAUGACCCUGCCAAAUGUUCUUCUGGACAAUUUUUCAGGAUUGGGGUGAUGGGGAAUAAAGUGAUCUUUCAGGUCAUGAACUGGAAAAAUUCCCCCUUAAAGUUUAGAAGAUUUGCUCUGUUUUUGAGUCUUGGAAACAUUGUAAACCAGAUCCAUAGAAGAUGUUGUGACAUGGAUGUCUUUGGAAGAUUGUACCAUAAAUGAGGGUGUGUAUGAUGUUUGAAAACUGGAAUAUGUCAGCUUCAUUAUUUUCACUAGCAGGCAAGAUUAACCUCUUUGAAACACCAAUGAUCUUGAGACCACUUCAGUUUACUGACAUGUUCACAAGUUUGAAAUGUCAGUAUCAACCAUUGCAGUUACUUUUGAUAUCAUUUCUUGACAUUCUGGAAGAUGCCCAGUUGAUCAGUUCUUUCCGUGGGAGUGCUGCCUUUUCACACCAAAUUCAAGCCUUGUGAUGUCUUAGUAACUUUAUGAAAAAACUCCCAACAGGUGUGAACAUGACUUCUAAGUGACUUCUAAGCUUCUAAGUGACUGCCUGGAUGGUUCAUACUCAAGUUACUACUGCUGCUAUUGUCUUUCUUUAGUUGUUGAUCUGUUGUAGUUGUUAUUGAUGUUGUUGUCAUGGUUAAUGUUGUAUUUAAAAAAUGAAAUGAAGCAGAAAUAGGCUUUGUAAGAAUUGAAAGAUCUCCUUUUUUUUUCUCUUCCUGGGAUUCAAGUUGAAAACAAAACAAAAACAAUGUUGAAAAAGGAUUUGUUUCUUAAAAACUUUCUAUGGUGCUAUUCCAUAAAUAUUUUUUUAAACAAAGCUUUUGAUCUUUGAGCCAACCACCUGUAGACUAUGAAUGUUUCCCAAUGUCUGGCUGGUGGCAUUUGAAGACUAAAGACUUGUUAAAGGUGUUCAGGGGAAUGUAUAUAUACAUAUACAUAUGUAUAUAUUCACAUAUACAUAUGUAUAUGUAUAUAUAUAAUUGCAAGGACAGAGUUUGUCCUGUAGAACAACCACUUACAAUGCCUUAGAUUUCUUGCAUAUGAACAAACAGAGCCUCUUAGAGAGACAACACUGGGAACGAACGUUUAACAUAGUUUAAGCUAAUUAUCAGGAACAUGCGACAUAUCCAUUUGCAUACUGAGAACAUUGGGCAUAAAUAUGGUGAUCUGAUGUUGUAGAAAAUGAAUUUUCUUCUUUAAAGUCACAUGCAGUAUUUUUAAUGUUAGUGUAUAUAUGUGUAUGCAAUUGUCUGAGUAACUGAAGCUAUGAGGUGAAAAGUAGUAGGUGGUAGAAAAGUUAAAACAUAAUGUGCCAAGUUCUACUAGAAUUGUUUGAAGUAACACCUUUCUUAGAAGGUUUCAUGGACAAUUAAUGGGUACUUCUAAUUCUUACCAACUAAUUUUUUAAAGUCUCUUUCCUUUAGAGAAACUAUUUUGUAUUUUUGACGUUAAUAUAGAUUGCUAUAUAAAAUGGCUUUGUCUCGGUUACCUGUCCAUGAACAUUCAGCCUUUAAUACCUGGGGACUUUUUCUUCAUUUUUUUACAAGACUAUACAGAAAAACUCUUUUUCUUGCAAACAAAUUAUAAAAUGUAAAUACAUUUUUUAAAAGCUAAUAUUUUCAUCCUAUCAAAUGCUACUUUGGAUAUAUAGCUCUUGCCUGCUAUAUCACGAGCUUUUUAGUGGAGCUGACUUAUUCCAGUAACUUCUUUUUUUUCUCACUAAUCUACACCUAACCAAAAUAUAUCAUAAGUGGGGAAAAGAGGAGGAUAAAGCAUUGUCAUCCAGUACACUACACUCUGCCUUGCUCCAUUCUGGGCACAUGCACAAGCUCUUUUCAAACAUGACUCUACCCUUUUGCAAACCAGGGUGAUGUUUUCAUUUUUUAUUCUAGGAACUGAG